ACAUGCCUCUGCCCAUGCCAUGCCCUGAAAAUAUGUCAUCAGGUUCAGGGCUUGAGGAUGAGCGGGAGAAUGAGCCGGACAGGCUUAUUAUGAAGAGGCUUUUGCGUCGGUGCUGGGAGGAGUCCAGGCUCCUCUGGCGACUCGCUUUCCCGGCGCUCCUCACGGAGGUGUUUCAGUUCUCCAUCGGAUUCGUCACCACCGGCUUCGUCGGGCACCUCGGAGACGUCGAGCUCGCCGCGGUCAGCGUCGUCGAGAACAUCUUGGACUCCUCGGCCUAUGGAGUCCUGUUUGGCAUGGGCAGCGCGCUGGAGACGCUGAGCGGGCAGGCCGUCGGCGCCGGGCAGCUGGAGCGGCUGGGCACCUACACGCAGCAGUCGUGGGUCAUCUGCGGCGCCACCGCGGCGGCGCUGGCGCCGGCGUACGCCUUCGCCACGCCGGUCCUCAGGUCCUUCCUCCGCCAGCCCGCCGGCGUGGCGCGCGUCGCCGGGCCGUACGCGCGGUGGGCGAUCCCGCGGCUGUUCGCGCACGCCGCGAACAUCCCGCUCCUCAUGUUCUUCCAGGCCCAGAGCAGGGUCUGGGCGGUGGCGGCCAUCUCCGGCGCGGCCCUCGCCGUGCACGUCGCGCUCACCUACCUCGCCGUGAGGCGGCUCGGGUUCGGCCUGCCCGGCGCGGCCGUCGCCGGGGACGUCUCCCACUGGCUCGUCGUGGCGGCGCAGUUCGCGUACAUGACCGGCGGCCGCUUCCCCGACGCGUGGAAGGGGUUCACCGUUUGCGCGUUCAGGAACCUCGGCGCGUUCGUCAAGCUGUCGCUCGGGUCUGCCGUCAUGAUCUGCUUGGAGUUUUGGUACUACACCACGCUUCUCGUUCUAGUGGGCCUCCUUAAACAUGCCAAACUCCAGAUCGAUGUCAUGUCUGUCUGCCUCAACUACGAGUUCAUGACUAUAAUGGUUGCACUGGGCUUCAGCACGGCAGUCGGCGUAAGGGUGUCGAACGAGCUGGGUGCAAACAGGCCCAAGGAGACAAAGUUCGCAGUGGUUGUGGCAGUUUCGACAUCCAUCUUCAUCGGCGCAGUCUUCAUGGGCGCCGUCCUCAUCUGGAGGACAAGCUUGCCAAAGUUCUUCAGCGACAGCCGGGAGGUGAUACAUGGAGCUUCCAGACUGGGGUAUCUUCUCGCGGCGACCGUAUUCAUGAGCAGCAUCUGGCCUGUAUUAUCAGGUGUGGCAGUAGGAGCAGGGUGGCAAGUGCCUGUGGCGUUCAUAAACGUUGGUUGCUACUACUUAGUGGGCAUCCCAUUGGGCAUCCUGUUUGGCUUCAAGCUAAAACAUGGCGCGAUGGGCAUAUGGAUGGGCAUGCUGACAGGAACAUUUCUCCAAAUGGCUAUACUUUUUGCCAUUAUCUUCAGCACAAAGUGGGAGAAACAGGCUGAUCUGGCAGAAACGAGGAUAUUGGAGUGGGGAGGAAAGAAUGAGAACCUAUCACUGACGAAAUCUCCACCUACGGAUGACCAGAUGGUUCCUGCAUGCAGAUGAGAAAAUGUUGGCGGAGGGAAGCCAGAAGAACGUAGAAUCACUGCACACAGAUUGAUCACAGAAUACAUUGUCCAUUUUAGUUUUAGACAACAGUUUCAUUGUUUGCUAGCUAGGGUGAUGCCAUGAGCAGGGUGUUUCUUUCUUUUUUCCCCUUUUGAUAUUUUAGGCACAUAGUAUUACUUUUCAUAUAUCUGGAGAUUUACUGAUGAAACAGAAGUUCAUGAUCAGGUGAUGUUGUUACUUUAGCAAUUACCAUUUAGAUUUCCAA